AUGGUUUCGACACCUCUGAAUCCGGUGGUGCAGGCACUGUGGAGGAAGCGGUUGGCUCUCACGACAGUUGUCCUGCUGCAACUCCUUUUCAUUGCGGCCAUCCUUUCUGCCUCUUUUGCUCUGGCAGUUGUGGACAGUGAAGAGCAGUCCUUUGCUGGUCUGCCUGUCCAGCAGGAAGAUCUCGAGAAUGACGCCGACUUGGAAAGCCAGCAACGCGUCCUUCCUGAGGGCUUUGUCGUCUCCUCUCCCUCUCUACGAGCCUCAGGAAUGCGCAGGCUUGCCGUAGGAGAUGAUGCUAGCAGGAACAGCGAAAUGAAUUCGCAGCAGGACCAAAGUUCAAUGAGUGGACAAGGCGGCGGCUGGAAGAACAAGUACAAUUACAAUGGAGCGAUGCUGCGGUCUAGAAUCGCAGUACCUGCUGCCACAUAUGCAGUACCCACUGCAUACGCAGUACCUUCUGCAGUUGCGGUUCCCUCAGCUACAGUGGCGAUGCCUUCAACUACAUUCGCGAUGCCUUCAGCUGCAAUGUCGAUGCCCUCAUCUUCAAUGGCGAUGCGUUCUACAACAAUAUCGUUGCCUUCCGGUUCAAUGGGGUCGGCUACAAUGGCGAUGCCCACAGCUACAAUGGCGAUGCCCACAGCUACAAUGGCAAUGCCAACUUCUACAGUGGCUGUGCCCUAUGCUACCGUCAGCAUGCCUACUGUUGCUGCUACCCCGGUAGCAGUCGAAGAGGUUGGCCCUACUGAAGGAUACAUCGGCGGGGGUGGAAUCAUCCAGAAGCUCAAGGCUUUAAAGUACUUCCUGAGCCUCUCAAAAUACGCAAAAUAUGCAAAUAACAUUGGAUACAACACCUACGGCACCGCCCUCGCAAACACGUAUCCGCUAUACACCUACCAGACCCCUUUCACCUACGCCGCCUACGCCGGCAACGGCAACGGGAACAACGACUACUCAGGCUACAACAGUUACGCUGGCAACAACGGAUACACGGGGUUCAGCGCGUCUACUGAGAGUACAACAACAGGCCUUUGGGGGAAAAAGGCGAAGUAUACAGAGGAGCCGGGACAAAGGUAUCUGGCACAAGUCAUCAGCAAAAACAGAAACGGUUGGUGGUUUAACAACAAAGCUUCGCGUCUGGCAGAUGUCCUCGGCGGAGUCCUUCCUCAGGGAGUUGACCAGCCGGUGUUGCUGUCUAAUGGCUACGAGACUCGCGAGUCGAAGUUUCAGCUGGUGUUGCAGAAGAGAGAAAGGUUUGUUGAUCUACUCGUUCAAGACCAGGUACUCCAGGAGGAGCAGUCGGUGCAGCGACAGUGGAUUGGCCGCAUGUAUACGGAGGUUCAAGGGCAGUUCUCUGCCAUUCAGGCGUUAGACAGGGACUUUGCUAUUGCAAAGAUGGCUCCCCAGAACGAGCCCCUAGCUGCCUUUCGCCACAGUCUACGUCUGGAUAUCCCCAUUGACUUGUUUGAGAUCACUGGCCUUGGUACCUAUGUGCAGGCCACCGACGGUCAAGUCCUUCUUAAUGCAGUUUCGCGGCGUCCUCUUAUCAGAGCAACAGCUGAGACGGUCCUCGCGAAUGUCGGCAAUACGAAGAAGGCAUACAGAGCUCUGUUAAGUCUGUCACAGCAGGCGGUGCGGGCAGUGGCGAACUUGAACUGUCUUUUUAUGGUUCACACCAACAUCAACCCUCUCUCGUUCUUGGUAACAGAGAAGGGACUUGUAUUCCUUGGCGGGUUGUUUCAGGCAACACAGCAAGGAAGCUCAUUGGCGGACAACUACCAGUUCAGCUUGACGACCCCCGUCUUCAUUCCUCCUGAGCUACGAGACAACACGGCAUAUUACAACAGCACGGCUCAGGCGUCACAAGAUUCUUGGCAGCUGGGGAUGACUCUCUUCACCUUCUGGUGCUCUCGGCUGUCUGUAGACUCAUCAGGAGCUCUCAGCUUCACCGAGUGCAUCAGCUGCAUUCCAGAAGAAAUCAAAGAUCUUAUCUUGGGCUUAACUCAAGUCGACCCCGCCACCAGACUCCUCGCGGAAAACGUUGCACUGUCGCAUCCAGCUAUGCUGUUGCCUAUCUACCCUGAUGUGGCUCCACAGGCAGACAUCUACCAGGACGAUGGUCUCUACACAGAUUUAUUCUAA